UAAAAUACCGGUUAUUAAGAGCGACGGAUCGACACUAUAUCUGACGCGAGAUAUCGCGGCCGCUAUUCAUAGGAAACAAUUGUUUUCAUUCAAUAAAAUGUUUUAUAUCGUAGACAGCAGUCAAGCCAAACAUUUUAAUAAUUUAUUUCAAAUUCUACCCAAACUUAAUCACGAGUUCGAGGGCAAAUUAAUUCAUCUGAGAUUCGGUCGCAUAUUAGGGAUGAGUACCCGAAAGGGAGAUAUUGUUUUCCUCGAGGAUGUGCUCAAUGAGGCCAAAGAGAGGGCCAUCGAGUCGUGUAAGACAAGUCCCAACACUAAAAUAAGUGAAGAAAACUUCGAUAGUGUGGCCGACAUUCUGGGCAUUUCUGGUCUAUUAGUACACGACAUGUCGUAUCGCAGAGUACAGGACUAUCGGUUCAAUUGGGAUAAAGCGCUCCGACAUACC